UUUCACUGUACCGACUCCCAUUGAAUUCUGAUCGUUCUCAUCUGGCGACCCUGGUUAUCACCCGCCUGUCUCGCCAGGGAUGGACUGAGAUUGAUUGCCUGUCGCAGCCAGCAUCCCGGUGGCCCAUUUUAUUCCACGCAGACUGUGGCUUGUUGAGUAAGUACACGCAAACCUUUGCCGCUGCCGAUAUUGACUUGUUGCUCUGCCUGCAAGUUGCAAGGUUUGCCUUCCAACCUUCCAACCUUCCAUUUCUAUUUCGAGCCAUCCUGCUUUGGUGACUUUUCUGAGUUGCCUCUCCAUCUCAUCAUCUGCUGCCGAUAUUCCCGGCCUGUCAUUCCUUUCCCAACUCCGUACCAUUCAUUCUACGACACUCACUCACUUUCUGUUCUCUAUUUUCAAAAUCAGUUUUCUUUGUUUCCCCUUUGCUACUUAGCAGGGUUUGAUGCUCAUAUUACUAGCACCCUUGUAAAGACUCGUACUACCAGUGCACGACGUCUGAUCCAAUUCGAGAAAUAAGAGGGGACUUUUAGAAUUGUGAAGAACACCCCCUCGCACUAUAUCGAUCAACACCAUAAUAAGGCAGAGCAGGAGGGGCAGGCUCCCACACUGACCAACAUGGCACAACAAACAACCCCAGCUCACUCACAACAGAGCGAGCUGGCGCCACCGGGCCAGUUUGAUAUCAUGCACGAGUCUUCUGUGAACGAGAAGGGCGACUUUGGGAGCGGGGCGGACUUCGACACAUUUGUGAACCAGGAACAACUUGAACGGAGAGGAGCUGUCUCGCCCGGUGUGGCAUCAUCGUCCUCGUCCGUCACGGUGUUCGACCCCACAAGUAGCCCGCGUGAGAGAUACUUUGACUCGGAGGACGACAUGGGCAAGGAGAACGCCCCGUUCCUGUCGCGAGACGUCGAGAAGGAGGAGCACAGGAAGCCUGCGCCGGAGCACGUCACAUGGAUGUCUCUGCCACGCAAGGGCCAGCUGGCCAUCCUGUUCAUGUGCCGGUUCGUCGACUUCCUGCAGGUGGCCAGCCUGCAGGCGUACGUCUUCUACCAGCUGAAGCACAUGGCCGAGCAGCGGACGAAGGAGACGGGCGGCGCAGAAGCGAUCCUCUCCGACGCCCAGAUAUCAGCACAAGCCGGUCUCCUCACGGGCUGCUUCACCGGCGCGCAGGUCCUGACAGCCAUCGCCUGGGGCAAGGCAGCUGACUCGACCAGGUGGUGGGGAGGCCGCAAGAUGGUGCUCCUGAUCGGAACCCUGGGGACCGCCGUCGGGUGCUUCGGAUAUGGGUUCUCGCAGAGCUUCGCCGCCGCCAUGGCAUGGCGCAUCUUCUCGGGCUCGAUCAACGGCCUGGUUGGCAUCAUCCGCACCAUGAUCUCCGAGAUCACCGUCGAGAGGAAGUACCAGUCCCGUGCGUUCCUCAUCCUGCCCAUGAGCUUCAACGUCGCCGGGAUCCUCGGCCCCAUCAUCGGCGGCUGGCUGGCCGACCCGGCCAUGACCCUCCCGGGCUGGUUCGGCCCCGAGGGUCCUCUGUACUCGCCCAUGGUCGAGAAGUACCCCUUCGCCCUGCCGUCGAUCAUGAACGCCGUCUUCCUGUUCGUCACCUUCCUGUUCGUCUUGUUCGGCCUCGAGGAGACGUCCAAGGGCAAGAAGGGCUCGUACGACGCUGGCCUGUACGCCGCCGCGCGCGCAAAGGCCUUUGUCCUGCGCCGGCCCCUCGACUACGUCUACCACUCCCGCGCCGGCUACUCGGAGCUGCACUUUGAGGAGAAGUCCGAGAGCCCGCAGCCGACCAUGACGGAGCCCAAGAAGCGCAGGGUGCUCCCCUUCGGCCGCCUGUGGACCAAGAACGUCGUCUGCACGCUCCUCUCGCAGGCCUUCUACGACUUCCACCUGGGCGCCUUCACUAACCUGUGGUCGCUGUUCCUGUCCUCGCCCCGCCCGGGUUUUGCCCCCGCCCACGUCGACGCCGGCAUCCCCACCGCGGCCGAGAUCGAGUCCCGCGGCGCCGUCGGCAGGCGCAACCUGCUCUGGUUCGCGGGCGGGCUGGGCAUGCCGGCGUCGACCGUCGGCAACGCGACCUCGAUCCUCGGCGUCCUGGGCAUGCUGCUGCAGGUGGUCAUGUACCCGCCCGUGCACGCGCGGCUGGGCACCCUGCGGUCGUUCCGCUACUUCCUCAUCAUCUUCCCCGUGGCGUACCUGCUGGCGCCGUUCCUGGCCGUGAUGCCCCAGUCGGCCAACGACGACGGCACCACCAGCACGUCGACGGUCCUGUGGUUCGGCAUCGUGCUCAUCCUGUUCCUGCACACGUCGGCCCGCACCAUGACCCUGCCCGCCAGCAUCAUCCUGCUCAACAACUGCAGCCCGCACCCCUCCGUGCUCGGCACCAUCCACGGCAUCGGCCAGUCCGUCUCGGCUGGGUUCCGCACUGUUGGGCCCAUCGUUGGCGGCUACUGGUACGGCGUCGGGCUUGACUGGGGCAUGGUCGCCUUCAGCUGGUGGGCCGUCGGCGCCGUCGCCAUUGGCGGCUGGAUCUCGAGUCUCAUACUGUAUGAGGGCAGCGGCAAGGAGAUCGAGCUGGACGACGACGACGACGAGUAAGCUGCACGCCCCGUUUCAUUGGCGGGCGGCUCAGGCGGGUCCUUUCUUUUUGUGGAUGCAUCGGGAAUAGGGAUGGGUUUUAUUGAUGUCAUGACUUCGGUGUAUAUAUUGCCAUAUACUUUUGCCCUGGACGGUGUAGAUAUAGCAUAGCGAGAUUCGUUUAAUACAUAUGUACCACUGUAUUAUCAAACAAAAA